UGUUUGGUCAUAAGGGUUAAAUAGUACUUUCAUUACUCCUUUAGGUUGGUUUUACAAUUGACUGAAAGUGGGGUACACUUUUACAUUUGACUUGAAUAUUUGGGUUAGUUUUAGCAAAUGUCCCCAAAAAAAAUCAGUGAUAAGUCUAAGCAGUAAAUAUAUAUGCAAGAAAUAUCAUUUUGCCAACAUUUAAAAUAAUCCUUUUAGCGAUCCUAAACGCAGCAGACCAUCGGGCCUACCUUUCCAAGUUUAGAAACCAUCGAAAUCAGUUGGAGAUUUUUUUUGGAGAAUUCAUAUAAGAGUUUCUUCAUAUAAUUUCAUAAAUGCCAACCACAAGCCAGUUUAAUGGGAUAGCUCGUUUAAUUUUUUUAAUUAUUUGAUCUACUUCAAACACAACCACAGUCCCUUAAAUAUUAAUAAAUGAUUUUUCUGAAAAAUUGAUUCUUUAGUAUUUUUGCUUGUGUUCUCAUAUGGUUCUUAACAUGUUCACAUUACAAAUUACAACUAUUCUAAACUUUAAUAUUCGACUAUAGCUACUCCAAAGCCUUUCAAUUUCGUUAAAUUGCUAUAGUUGGUAAUUUUCACACUCGAUCCAAAUUUAUGACUUCAUUUUGGCUCUACUCAAAUUAAGGUACGUUUUAUAUCGUUUUGUGUAUGAUCACAUGUUUUUUAAAUAGUAAGGAAGAAAAAGGGACAGAGAGAUACUAGUUAACCUAGCUAGUCAUUCGAAACCUUAGUAACACUAACACCCCUAGUAGCUUGAUUCCUAUGAUAAUCUCCUUUUUAAACUGAUAUAUAUGGCUUAUAUUUUGCUUAACGUUUUCCCCUGAAAUAGGUGUAAUAUAAGUUAAUUAAAUAAAUAAUAAAGCUUAUAUUAUGUUUUUGUAGUGAAAAUUAUGAAUUCAUGUGCAACAGAUUUACAAUAAGCAUUUUAUUAAUUAAUUUAUUUUGCCAAUAAUGUUUAUAUAAGUUAUACCGAACACGUUUGGCUGAACCUCCAAAUGCUAUAGACUGCUAUUUUACAUAACUGAAAUUGAACAAGAAUUACAAUUUGGUACUUAUAUUUUACAUAACUGAAAUUAAACCAGAAUUACAAUUAUGGUUUUAGUUCUUUUGAGUGUUGUUUGGGCCCAAACUUUGAUUUGAUAAACAGUUUUUGUUAACUAAAUAUUAAGGGUAUUAAAACUUUAAAAGUCUCGUUUGGAAAUGGAAAAAUGGGUUUUGUCAAAAGAAAUUUCUUAAAUCAAACUAUUUGCAAAGAUACCUCUUGACUCUUGUUGGUAGCUCGAAUUAGUAUUUUUGGAUAACACUUCCUUCCGUUUAAUUUAGUCGCCACAAAAGUAAGAGAAUUUCGUUUUGCAUUAUGUAUUUGUGGCCGCUAGCAUAUGUAAGUUAUAUAAAAUGAAAUAUCAAAAUUGUUUGAUUAAUAAAAGGCUCUAGUUGGUGUCCGUAAAGACAAAUAUUCUUUAAUACCUUACAUUAUAUAUAUAGAAGCUUUUGUGUGUAUUUUUUCGAGAGCACAGACACGUUCAGAAUAUUGAAUACUGAGAGAGACUCAUAACAGAAAGAGGAGAGAUGAACAACCGGCACAAACAGAUUGACUCCGGUUCUGGCUCCGGAGAUAACCGCCGGAUGUACGACUGUGACAUCUGCAUGAGAGGCUUCACGAGUCCUCAAGCCCUCGGUGGUCACAGAAACAUCCACCGUAAGGAACGUGAAAGAAACCUCUCCUCGUCCUCUUCAUCUUCUCACUCAUUUCCAUUUCUUAUGCCAUCCUCCCGAAACUACACAAACCCUAAUUACAACAACCCACCACCAUAUUUUCCAACCAAUGAGUCAUACCAUCAUCAAACGUUUCAGCCACCAGUUAACCCUAGCUACAACGCACAACGCUUUGGAUCAACACCAUCAUCUGGAGGAGGAAGCUAUGCUCAAGGGGAGUUACUUGGUCUAGAUUUGAGCUUACGGCUCGGAUCCGUCAACGUCGGUAACGACUCUCACCGAAGCCUACCGGAUGCUGGAGAUUCUAAGCCUGAUCAAGAUGAGGAUCUGGAUCUUGAUCUUCGACUUGGAGGUCAUCAUCACCACUAAGCUUCUACGGUUUCUCUGACGUUUAAUCCACGUAACUAAAUGCAGUUUAUAUUGCGCUGAAGUUGAUCGCCUUUGAAUGCAUGCAUGAUGUUUAUAAUUUUGUUUAAUGUAUAAUUAAUGUGUUGAUCUGUGGAUAAAAGUGUGUUUGAGUGAUGUUCUAUCAUUUAACGUUGUUUGAAGCUUAGUUUGUAUUCAAGACUAUAUUAUUCUCUUGGAUAACUUUAUAUGA